AUGUUUAAUUCCAUACUGAAACAGUGUACGCUCUCCUGUACAAAACAAAUCGCCGUACCAUUACAAUUCAGGUGUUUGUCUUUGAGCUCGGCCACUCUUAAAGACAACAAAGAUUCUGAAAAUAACACUAAUGAGGGAUGGCUGAAGAAAUUGCUGGUUCGACGAAUAGAACCAACCAAAGAACAACACUCUCGCAUGUUAUCCGAUAAAGAAGUAAUAUAUGAAUUACAAACGCACAAUGUACGUCCCGAUUCGACUGAUAAUUAUAUGAAAAACUAUGAACAGGUUGUCCAGCUGUGUCAAAAAAUACCCAACUUAAAAUAUGAACUGAUUGGCUCUUGGUCUGUACGUGUAGGUGACUUAGACCAAUAUGUACAUUUAUGGAAGCAUCAAGGUGGUUAUGCAGAAAUCGAUAAAACCAAUACAAUUUUAACACAAAAUCAAGAAUACACAAAAUUACGCAAUCAAUGUGGCCAGUUCUUACGUUCAAGGCAUCUACAGUACUUAUUAGCUUUCAGCUUCUGGCCUUCUAUUGAAUUAAAAUCUGGUUCUAACAUAUAUGAGAUUCGUAGCUAUAGUUUGAAACCAGGUACAAUGAUAGAGUGGGGUAAUAAUUGGGCGCGAGCAAUCAAUCACCGGCGUUCAAACGACGAGCCAUUUGCUGGCUUCUUCUCUCAAGUUGGUCGUCUCUACAAUGUUCAUCAUUUUUGGUGUUAUAAAAAUUUAGAAGUACGUACACAAACUAGAGAAGCUGCUUGGAUGUCCCCUGGAUGGGAUGAGUGUGUUGCAUACACAGUUCCACUGAUUAAAGAAAUGCAAUCUAAAAUACUACAUCCAACACCCUUUUCCCCAACUCAGUAA